AUGACCGUCAUCGCAUGGCAGUAUCUCUCAACACCUGCGACAGGAUGUGACAACAAAAACAACAAAUAUCAUCGAAAUCAUCUUUCGUUAUUGGACAAGUGGUUUUCAGUUCUUAACGCAGGAGAGUCUAGAAAAAGGACCGUUGACGUAGAUGCUAGUGAAAAAAUUACCGUGCUGCUGUAUUUAACGAAGAUGCUCACACACGACAUCCUCAAGCCCAGAGGUACACUAUCGAAUGUUGCCCUCUGUAUGCAUCGAAAAAGUACGCCAAGCAAGAACUUCAGUUCCUCCCAAGUCCGUACUGGCAAUCGUGAAGUAAUAGCUGUCGCUAAGAAACUGUUUUAUGAAAUCUUAAUCAAGGACAAUUUGCUGAUGAAUGUUUAUCGUCAAAUAGCUUCUACCUUUGAUUCCCGACAUGCCUUUGGAUUCAGUUGUAGAGAAAAUGUGCCAAAUGAGUUCUGCAACAGUGCUGAGGCUACUGCUCACAACAAGCAUAUCGCUCAUUACUCUCCAUACUUUAUCUCACAACUUUCCUUGUCGGAUUCCUCAUUUUACAAGGGGAUCGAGCAUGCGGAUGUUAUGACAUGCCUUGAGUAG